AUGUCUACCAUCUUGAUUUCCGGUGCCAACAAAGGAAUUGGCCGUGCUCUGGUUAGCAAAUACCUAGCUCGCGAUAAUGUAACCGUGAUCGCCGCUGUUCGCAAUCCAAGCUCAUCGGAGACAACACUCUCCAACCUUCCCACGGGCCAGGGUAGUCGAUUGAUCAUUGUUAAAAUCGACGCCAGCUCCGACCCCGAUGCCAAAGCUGCAGUAGAGUCAUUGGCCAGCCAGGGCGUGUCAGCAUUAGACAUCGUUAUCGCCAAUGCUGGAAUUUUCGACCGGGCUGCUUUCACCACCGUUGCCGAGUCUAGCAUUGAGCAGAUUAAAUCCCACCAUGACGUGAACACUCUGGGACCUAUUCGUCUAUUCCAGGCUACUCUCCCUCUCCUCCAGAAAUCAUCGUCUGCUCGCUUCGUCCUAAUCAGUACUCUAAUGGCAACGAUUGGAGAUAUGAAAAAUGCUCCGUGGACUAUUGCGCCUUACGGCGCCAGCAAGGCUGCCGCGAACUUCUUUGUUCGGAAAAUCAACUUCGAGCACGACGAUAUUGCUACCUUGGCUGUUGACCCUGGGUCGGUCAAGACGGAUUCUGGAAAUGACGCUUGUCGCACUUUAGGCUACGACAGCGCAUUUGUAGAGAUUGAGGACAGUGUGAAUGCCAUUGUCACCAAAAUCGAUGGGUUGACCAAGGAGAAUGGUGCGGGGGAGUUUUGGAGCAUCGGCAAUACCACUAAUGCCUGGUAG